AUUUUUAGAGUGUAAGUUUUACACUUCUUAAGAGCCCAGCAAGCUGUGAUGGCAAUUCUCCAAAAUUGUAUGAGAAGUGAAUCCCCAGAAUUCUGUAGAAUAAGAUUGUUUCCUUAGUGGCCAGCAUAUUUCAACCCCAGGACAAUUUAGAAGCAAGCAUGGGAUGCAAGAGAAUGAAGGCUGCAGCGGCUGACCUCGAACUCCUGGGCUCAAGCAAUCCUCCAACUUCAGCCUGCAGAGUAACUGGGAGUACAGAAAUCAUGAAUGGAGGAUCUCAAAUCCACAUUUUUUGGGGUGCUCCAGUUAGUCCUCUGAAAAUGACAGUAUCACAGGACACAACUUCUUUAAUGGCCACUGCUGACUCCUGGAAGGAAAUUCAGCUUUUGCAGAAUCAGCAUUCUUUAUGUCUGAAGGAUGAAAAACACGAGCACAAAAAUCUUGAAAACUAUCAAGCCCCAGAAUCUAUUGGCCCUCCAGAUCUUCUUAGUGGCCAUUUUUUAGCAAACUCUAUGAGUAGAUCUGUUCAUGCAAAAGAUGACUUUAUACGUUCUAUUUCUGAAACACAGAAUAUAAAAUCCCAGAAGACUCACCCCUUAAGACUGAGUGAUGUAACUGACUCUGAUGUGCAAAUAUGUGGAUUUAAAGGCAGAGUUCAACAGUUAACCGAAGAAGAAAAACAUCAAAAGCUUCUCAGUGAAAAUAAAAGGGUCACGGACAAACAGCCUAAAGAGCAGCCCAGUGUACAUGGUCAGAACUUUCAAACAGAUUCCUUUCAGUUAGAUCGCAGGUGUGCAGCUCUACUGGAUUUGGUCUGCAGUACUGAACAAAUUAACAUAGGGCCUGGAGCAGUACAAACAAAGUGUGUGUCAACAGAACAUCAUGAAAUGCAAAACCAGUGCCCCGAAUUCUUUUCCUCUAAUGCUGUAGAUAAGCCAAGGUCUGAAGGAGCAGUUAAGAAUGUCUCAAACCUUAAAAUAUCUACUGAUACUGAAUUUCUCAGUAUAAUGACUUCCAGCCAGGUGGCUUUUUUAGCUCAAAGGAAGGAUAAAGGGCGGAAUUCUAUAAAUAAAGGGAAUGUCAACAUGGGGAUUGAACCAAAGGCAAGUUGUGGGGAAAUUAGAACAAUUGAAAAUAAUUUAAUUCAGCCUAAUGAUGAUUUUGCAGCAAGAUAUGAAAAUGGAGAAAACCAAGCAUAUUCCCUUGAACUUUUUAGUCCUGUUUGUCCUGAAACAAAAAGUAGCCAUAUUCACAGAAACUCUAAUAAAGGUCUUGAAGAAAAUACAGGAUCUCAAGAACCUUUCAUUUCUGAAGAUAAACUACCAGCAAAUGAGAUACGUGUUGAGUUGUGUAGCUCAGGAAUACUGUGUUCCCAACUAAGUACCUUCCACAAAAGGGCUGCUAGAAGAAGCUCGGCUUCUGAAGAUAAACUGGGCCAUUCUAAAGCUCUCUCUGAAGUCCUCCAAAUAUCUAAGAAAAUGAAGUUGAUGUCUAAUGCAAGAGAUUCUGCUGUAGCAAUGGACCAGAGGAAUUUGUCUGGAUUUAAGCAUAUUAAAAAAACAUCAUUAAUAAAAAAUUGUGAUUCUAAAAGUCAGAAGUAUAAUUGUUUAGUCAUGGUGCUAUCUCCAUGUCAUGUGAAAGAAAUAAACGUAAAAUCUGGACCAAAUUCUGGCUCUAAAGUACCUUUAGCAACAAUUACAGUAAUUGAUCAAUCAGAAGUUAAGAAGAAGGUUUUUCUGUGGAGAGCCACAGCAUUUUGGGCACUUACAGUGUUUCUCGGAGAUAUAAUUUUACUCACAGAUGUUGUUAUUCAUGAGGAUCAAUGGGUUGGUGAGACAGUACUACAAUCGACAUUUACCAGUCAGUUAUUAAACCUUGGGAGUUACUCAUCUGUUCAGCCAGAAGAAUAUUCCAGUAUCGUUAGUGAUGUUGUACUUCAGGACUUACUGGCAUAUGUGUCUUCAAAGCACUCCUAUCUCAGAGAUCUUCCUGGGAGGCAGCCUCAGAGAAUGAACAGUAUAGAGUUUGUAGAAUUGGAGCAGCUUCAGCCUGACAUAUUAGUCCAUGCACUACUAAAAGUUAUUGAUAUCACUGUAUUGACGGAGGCAUUAUACAGCUAUAGAGGACAGAAGCAGAGGAAAGUUGUGUUAACAGUGGAACAGGCCCAAGGUCAACAUUACGUGCUUGUAUUAUGGGGUCCUGGAGCUGCCUGGUAUCCUCAACUUCAAAGCAAAAAAGAUUAUAUUUGGGAAUUUAAAUAUCUUUUUGUUAAGCGCAAUUACAUACUAGAAAACCUGGAAUUGCAUACAACACCUUGGUCAUCCUGUGAGUGCUUGUUUGAUGAUGAUAUAAGGGCAAUUACAUUUAAAGCAAAAUUUCAAAAAAGUGCACCCUCCUUUGUGAAGAUGUCAAACUUAGCAACCCACUUCGAGGAUAAGUGUUCAGCAGUGGUUCUAAUUAAAGCCCGGAUUUUAGAGCUGGCAUUUCCUAUUCCAGCAGCUCAGAAGAUAGCUCUAAAUGCUCACAGUUCUCUGAAGAGUAUUUUCUCUUCCCUUCCCCACAUCAUAUACACUGGCUGUGCAAAAUGUGCACUGGAGCUAGAAACAGAUGAGAACAGGAUCUACAAACAAUGCUUUAGCUGCUUGCCGUUUACUAUGAAGAGAAUAUACUAUAGGCCAGCUUUAAUGACCGUAGGUAAUGGGGGACAUAAUGUUUGCAUUCGUGUAGGAUCAAAGCUGAUAGAGAAGAUUCUUCUCAACAUCUCUCCGGACUUCCUCAACAGAGUGAUAGUUCCUUCCUCAGAUGUCACCUAUGGGAUGGUUGCAGCAGACCUGGUGCAUUCCUUGUUGGCAGUCAGCACGGAACCUUGGCUGUUGAAGAUCCAGAGCCUGUUCAUGUUAGAUGAAAACAGCUACCCCUUACAACAAGACUUCUCUCUACUGGAUUUUUACCCUGAUGUAGUAAAGCACGGAGCCUAUGCCCUUCUCUGAGGCCAGAUGAAGAAAUUGUAGGCAUCUCAAGGAAGAAAUAUUGAAAUGAUUUGUCUUUUGAAAUAAACGAAUGACAGAGCUUUUGCUUUGGGUUUUUUAAAUAAAUAUAUUUUACAAAGAGAAUUGUGUUACAUAUAUAAAUUAAGGCUUUUUUC